AUGGAUAGAGCAAAUCACUCUGUGGUGUCAGAGUUUGUGUUCCUGGGACUCACCGAUUCCUGGGAGAUCCAACUUCUCCUCUUUGUGUUCUCCUCUAUGGUUUAUGUGGCAAGCAUGAUGGGAAACUCCCUCAUCAUGCUCACUGUGAUUUCUGACCCUCACUUACACUCCCCCAUGUACUUUCUGUUGGCCAACCUCUCCUUCAUUGACCUGGGAAUUUCUUCUGUCAUUUCUCCGAAGAUGAUUUAUGACCUUUUCAGAAAGCGUAAAGUCAUCUCCUUUGGUGGCUGCAUCGCUCAAAUCUUCUUCAUCCACGUCAUUGGUGGCGUGGAGAUGGUGCUGCUCAUCGCCAUGGCCUUUGACAGAUAUGUUGCCAUAUGCAAGCCUCUGCACUAUUUGACUAUUAUGAACCGAAAAAUGUGUAUUUUGCUUACAGUUGCUGCCUGGGUAAUUGGGUUGACCCACUCUGUGAUUCAACUGGUUUUUGUAAUAACAUUGCCAUUCUGUGGCCCUAAUGUGUUAGACAGCUUUUAUUGUGACUUUCCUCGGUUCAUCAGACUUGCCUGCACAGACACCUACCGUCUAGAGUUCAUGGUCAUAGCCAACAGUGGGUUCAUAUCUCUGGGAUCAUUCUUCAUAUUGAUUGUCUCGUACAUUUCUAUCCUGAUCACUGUUCGGAAACACUCUUCAGCAGGCACAUCUAAGGCCCUCUCCACUUUGUCAACUCAUGUCAUGGUGGUGAUUCUGUUCUUUGGCCCUUGCAUCUUCGUUUAUAUCUGGCCUCACCCCACCUCACACCUGGACAAAUAUCUUGUUGUCUUUGAUGCAGUUCUCACUCCUUUUUUUAACUCAGUCAUCUAUACAUUCAGGAACAAAGAGAUGAAAGUGGCAAUGAGAAAAGUGUGUAGUCGGUUUAUUAUUUAUAGAAGGAUUUCUUAA